AUGAGAUCCGAAGGCUUCCCAUCCAUCGUCUCGGACCGGGUUUAUUUUCGGCGUCAUGUUGCUCGUGACAAUCGACAAAAUGGACUCGAAGCACUUCGACGAUGCCUGAAACUCUCGGUAGCAGAUGAUACGUCUGCUAUAGCACCUGUUGAAACUCAUUUGGACUGGGUCAAGUCCUGGACGGAGCCUGUAUUCGUAUCAGUUGAUACCGAGGGCCAUCCCAUGCGCGAGAUUGGUAUUUCCAUCCUGGACACCCGUAAUCUCGAUGCCGCUGCACCAUUUGCCCAGCUCUCGACACUCAUAUCCUCACAUAAUUUCAGGACAUGGAAAUGCAAAAAUGCGGAAGAUGAAAAGCCAUUCAGGUUUGGAAGAUCAGUCAAACUCCAAUCCCGCUGGAAAGGCUGGCUGAUGAAAAAAGUCUUGGAGACCGGAAGCCCAGAUAUGUCAGUCACGGAACCACGGAACGUUAUCCUUGUUGGACAUGCCAUAGUCGACGACUUACACAAUUUUGCCACAGCCCGUAAAGGUAAAUUCCGAAUCACGGACCAUCCAACCAUACCGAUUUUCGAUACUCAGCAUCUUGCCCACGGAGACGGCGAUCCGAGAUCUCUCUUAGACAUUCUGAUAGAGACCAAAGUCCCAUUCGCCAAUCUUCACAAUGGUGGCAAUGACGCUCAUUAUACUCUCAAACUUUUACUCUUGAUCGCGGUGAAUAGCUGUCAAGGUUUGGAAUUGACGUCCGCUCAAGAAGCAAGGAGGGACCUUCUCAAGGCACUCGGUGGAAUGGAGCUGCCAUUUCGUCCGGCUGGAUUGAAGCGAAGAGAUUUGGCUCUCGAGACAGCAAGCUCUCCGUAUAGAUUUUGCAAAGGUGAAGGUGAUUGGUUCGAGAAUUGUGUGGAUGAGGCAGGAUGGGGUGACUGUCUUGAUAUCUACAACUCCCCUGGAGAAAAAAGUUGA